UACUUGUCUUUAAACUUUUUUUUUUUAAAUUGUUUUACACGUCUCUUGCUUAUACUAUAUUGUUCAUAAUGUCGAACAGACACCUUUGGGGUGAAUUUGAAAAUGUGGAAAAUGAUGAGGUAGUAGUACAAAGUGUAAACUUUAAUCCUAUCAUCGAACUUGCUAUGCAAAAUAUACCAGAGAUACCGAUUACAGUGAAAUCCUCACCUAUUGAAUUACCGAAGCCAAAUUUAAUCACGCACACGAUACAGCUGCAUUCGUACUCAAGACAGUUAAAUGCAAUAAUAGAACAAACAGAGAAUGCCGUUUAUGAAGGUGCGAGAUUGGACCCCAUGACCAUACCGAGUCCUCCACCAGAACCGGUUCUGACAAUAGAACACGAAGCAACACCACCAAUUAACUUCUUACCAAAAGUCUAUUGUGAUUUUUCAGUUGGAAAAGGACCUGUUAUUUUGCCAUUCACCCCAGAGAGUCACAAAAGAGCUCUGAAUCAAUGUGCAGCUAUAGCCAUAGGCCACGUCGGUUUUUCUUCAAGUACGAACACCGCUUUAACCGCAGUGGCUGAUGCUUUAGAUAUUUAUAUGACUAAUAUGUGUAAGUUAAUGAGAAAAGUUGUCGAUCAAGAAGCGAGUGGUCUCAACUCUGGUUUUCCAGAUGCGAUAUCUAAAGUUUUUGCUGAAUUAAAUGUUGGCAACUUGCAUAGUUUUUAUGAAAAUCGUGUUAUAAGGUAUCAUGAAAAAAUUAAAAAUAAAUGUGAAGAUUUAAAAAAUCACUGUGAAGUAUUGGCCAUUGGUGAUAUUGCCCCUCAGCUGAAACUUGAAGAGGUGCCCGAGUUGCAUUUUCCUGCGGCACUAGAUGGAGCCUUCACACCAUCACUUGAACCUGGAUUUCAAAUGCUACAUAGUCUAGAACAGGAGCAGUUACAGGGCCUGGAGUUAUUAGAUGUGGUCACAGAUGACAUCAAAGUGGAAGCAAUGGAGUUUUCUCAACCAGAAACUGUUAAAUUGCCUAUUUUGUCUCCUAAUAAUGUGAAAAAGAAAAGAAAAUAAAACAUUCCUUUUAA